CACCAUCUUCGUGAAGCUCACUCUCGCUUUCCUUGAGCCUCACAAUUGGCCACCCAAGAUGGCCUGGUCGAUAGCACUUCCCCGAGAGGUCUUUACCUCGCCAAUCCUUUCCGUCACAGCUCCGACCACGGUUGGAAUGUUGGUCGGCUACCUAGUCAACCGUGCAGGAAAAACUAAGGGGACCUACAAAUCACUUCAUAAGCCGGCCUUCUAUCCGCCCGCAUGGCUCUUCGCACCGAUGUGGACGGUUCUCUAUGGGGCCAUGGGAUACGCCGCUCACCACGCGACAGGAGCCGGAUAUAGCGCCCUGACCUCCUCCUCCUCCUCCUCCACCGCUGCACAGAGCUUGGGUACGAAUUGGGAAACACUUUACACAACACAGCUAGCGCUCAACUACCUCUGGAUGCCACUCUUCUUCGGGCUCCGUCGCCCUGCCUGGGCGUUGGCGGAUAUAUUACUCUUGGGAGGGAAUGUAGCGGCACUGAUGCAGACCUGGUGGAAGACAGAUCGCACGGCCUUUUGGCUCAUGGUCCCCUACGCGGGGUGGCUCGCAUUUGCCACGUACCUCAAUGCCGGUGUGGGUGUAUUGAACAAAUGGACCAUCGGAGAAAAGCCAAAGGAUCAGUAAAUAGAUUUCGUGACUCUGUAUUUCUACCAAAUUGAUAUUUUGCAUCGCCUCUGACUGCGUUUGUGCCAUAUGCUCCACC